GUGGAGAUUGCGCAAUGAGUCCGGCCUGCUUGCAUGGCAGGCGAAGGAGGUCGAGCAGCUCUCUGGCCUGAUACAGCACCGAAUCCACGUUUUACAGAAUCCCGCUGAUUGUCAAUCUUCCAAGAAAAUCAUCUGUCGUCUUCCAGUCCAACUGAAGAAUCGAGGAAUAGGCAGUCAACUUCACCACUUGAGCUACUGCUUCCUUGCCGCAUACAAUAUGCAGAGAACGCUAAUCAUUGACAACAGGGAAGCGGCAGGGACGGGUUUUGUCAUAGACCCCUACAUCCUCCCUCUCAGUGAAACUUGCGUCCAUGCAAAUGGAACUGCUGCGAAGUGGCCAGGCAGAGCAGACUCCCCAGCCGUGCAAUUCCCUAACGUGGACGGCUUCUUCCCGCGGCCCAGCUACUUCCCGAGGUCCAUCCCGAAGGACAUCGCUCGGCGCCUCAUGAGCGCCCACGGCGACCCCUUCGCCUGGUGGAUGGGGCAGUUCUUCAAGUACGCCUUGAGGAUGACCAGCGGAUUCCAGGAGCAUGUGGAGAGGCUUGGCGCACGCCUGGGCUACGAGGGCCCGAUCGUCGGGUGGGUCGGCACGUCGAAGGGCGAUGUCACUCCGUCUUUGCUUUCUGUUUGGUCUUUUUGAUGUGCCCUGUAUUAUCUCCA